AAAGUCAAAAUACUGAUGGAGUUUACCGGAAGCAGUUAUAAAGGAGAUACAAAAAAUGGCAGGAUGGAUGGAAAAGGAGAGUACACCUUUUCCACAGGGACCAAGUAUAAGGGAGAGAUGAAAGAUGGUAUGUUUCAUGGCAAAGGAGUGCUUCACUUUCCAAAUGGAAGUAAAUAUGGGGCCACCUGGGAGCUCGGCAGAGCUAAACAGGGCUCAUUUACCUUUGCUGAUGGUCUGCAGUACCAGGAGAAGGACUGGGACUACUGUGAUGGUUACGACAGGCGCUUCUACAGUGAGAGGUGUAAUGGACUCAGACCUGAAGCUCAGCUCACUGAUCUGCAUCCACCACGUGUCAUUCCUGAUGGAUGCUAUGAUUGUGGAGAUGGUUUCUAUGAUCCCAAUACCAGAGUUGUUACUUCCUACACUGGCAGAUUCCUCAGGAAUGCAGAUGACUCCGAACAUGAGUGGAUUGUGCGGGCUUGUCGGAAAGCUGGGGAUGAGGUUGUUGGUGUUGAGCCUGAAAUGUCUGUUGCAGCCACUACUGAAGUGACCAGCAAUAUCAACUGA